CCGGUCCCGGCGCCUGCGCCGCGGCCCCGGAAGGGCGAGGGGCGGGUUCUGGUUCCGGGGAUGGCGGCGGAGGGCCCGGGAGCGGCGCUGGGAGCGGGGCCGGGCCGCGCCCACCCCCAGUGAGACGCGGCGGGGGGAGCGGGGUACGAUGAGCCCCGGCAGCCGCAGGAGCCAGCGCUGAGCCCGCCCCGGCCGCGGACAUGGACGCGGAGGCCACAAUCCCCAUCUGGCAGAACAAGCCCCAUGGCUCAGCACGCAGCGUGGUCAGGAUGAUCGGGUCAAACCUCCCUCUGAAACCCUGUCCCAGAGCCACCUUCGAGGUUCUACCAAGUGUUUCAGAUCUCUAUUUAAAUGAUGUGCCCCCAGUCCCCACCUUGGCUGACAUUGUGUGGAUCGCAGCAGACGAUGAGGAAACCUAUGCCAGAGUCAGGAGCGACACUCGCCCGCUGAAGCACAAGUGGAAGCCGAGUCCCUUCACCGUGAUCCAGCGGAACGCCUCAGUCCCCAACCUGAGGAAGCAGGAGGAGAAGCUGCUCGCCCUGAAGAAGCCUGGCUUGCCAGCCCUGAGCCGAACCACGGAGCUCCAGGAUGAGCUGAGUCACCUCCGGAGCCAGAUCGCCAAGAUAGUCGCUGCAGAGUCAGCUUCUGCUCAGUUAACACCAGAUUUAUUAUCUCCAGGGAGUUCAAAUGCAUCUUCUCCUUUACAUUGUUUUGGACCCUCUUUCCAAUCCACCACUUCCUUUGUCAUUAGCGAUAUCACGGAGGAGGAGGCAGAGCUGGAAAGCCCCGAGCUCCCGUCGGUCUCCCUGCUCUGCUCUGCAGCCUCUGAGAGCUGCAAGCCAGACCCAAAGGAUCCUGAUGAGGAAGACUCCGUGUCCCUUUCCAAGGCCAGCAGUUUUGCAGACAUGAUGGGAAUUCUUAAAGACAUUCACAGGAUGAAGCAGAGCAAAGACUUAAACCGACCUUCCAUGAAGGAGGAGGACCCGGCUGUUCUUAUUGCAGAAGUUCUGAGAAGGAAAUUUGCCCUGAAGGAUGAAGAUCUGGCCCUGAAGGAGAAGUGAUGUCGCUGUCAUUCAACUCUGUAAGCAAAAGUGUUAUGCUCCCAAAAUUUUUCUCCACAGUAGCUGCCUUCCUAAGGAUUGAGCCUUUUGCCUCUUUUAUUAAUUAGACCUGGUUUCUGCACUGGACACUUAGGAAAGACCCUACGGAUUUGAUGUGUUUUCCAUGUAUUGUUAUAUUUAAGAAAAAAAAAAACAAACCAAUCUUUUUAAGAAGAUGGAAAUUCUUUUCCACCUGUGUUUUGAUGUUGAUUAUUGAUAAGGAUCUUCUGGAGUGCUGCUGGAUGACGUUCUUUCUUACCUACACUUUUCCUUAGGUUCCAAAUUAAGCAUUAACCUCCAACGGCCUCGUUACAAUAGAACCAGUUUCCAUUUCCAGUACAAACAGGACAAAGCCCUCCAGUUCUUUGUUCUGAGUGUGGUACAGAGCUGCUGAGAAUAAGCUCAUUAAUGCUUCCAGGUCUCCAGGCUGUUGGAUCAGAGUGGUAAAAGACGUUUUCCCAGUGACAGGACGGAACGAACCCCUCGGUGGGGCGUGAGUGGAUUUAGUGUGCCCUGGGUGUUUAACUCACAGAUUAGCCCACAGUUGCAUGACAGAAUGGCCUUAAUUUCUUGCCAGUAACUUAAUGUUUCAUUACUAGUCCUUGUAUUCCAAACCUGUAUUUUAUUUAGCGUUCAAAAGGUCUAUUUAUUGAUGCACCAAUGCAAAGGGCCGGGCACCCCCCGAGAGCAGGGGAGGGGUUUGGCCUUGGCUGUGGCUGCAGCUCUCACCCACUGAAGAGUUUUUCCUUCAGCCCCACCUUCGCUGCAAUGUUCCUCAUGGCUGUAUUUAAAGUAUGAUUUUUUUCCUUUGUAUAAAAUGGAGCCUUAAUAAGA